CUAAUUAAAGAUUUUUACUUUUUUUUUUUUGCUCCUUUUUUUCCCUCUCUCUUUUUCCCCUACAUCAACCCUCAUCAAUCUUAAAAUGCUUUCUUCGGACGGGUACAAGAUCGAGACAGACUCAAUAGAUGAUGGAGAGAACUUUCAGACGAAUCCAGCUUCUCCAGUUUCUUUCAGAGCUGUACAAGAAAAUGAGGAACUGGACACAAUUUCAAAAUUAGGAGAUCUAGAUGGUGGGUUUCAAUGUUUAUUAGACAAGGUGAAACAAGACUUGCAUGCAGCAAAAGACGUUGCUAUAUUUUUAAAAAAACGUGCUGCUAUUGAGGAAGAAUAUGGAAAGCAAAUGAUCAAACUAGCACAGACAAUGACAGAAUCCUAUGAUAAAUCUCAUGCCAAGCCAAGUACCUAUGGCUUGAUUUGGACUUCGUUUUUAAAGGUUCACGAAACAAUUGGAGACCAACGGGUCAAGUUCUCUGCGGAUAUUGCGGAAGUUGCUGACGAUGUUCAAAUUAUGAGCAAAGAUACUGAAAAGAGCAGAAAACAAGUUAAAGAAAUUGGUGUUCGUCAUGAACGAAAUAAACUAGAUUCUGAGUUGUCUUUAGAAAAGAGCAAACAAAAAUAUGACAUGCUAAGUGAGGAUUGGGAAAGAGCCAUUUUAGCAAGAAGUAGCAGCGACUCAGAACAAAUCCCUAAAAAGGGUUUAUUUAAAAGCAGUAAAACACCUGCUCAAUUAAAGCGCCAAGUAGAUGAAUCUUGUUUAAAAGCAAAUGGUGCAUUGACAGGAUACAAAAAUCAGUUAACAACAACAAACGCAACAAGAAAUGAUUACUUUACAUCGCAAUUACCUUCAGACAUAAAAACUUUAAAAAGUGUGGAUGAUGAAUGUUGUACAGCAGUUCGAUACCAACUGGCUAGAUAUGCUUAUAUCUUUGAAGAAUCUCUAACAAAAGACGGUUAUGCAUUGGAUAAUGAUGAAGGAAGGGGUCUAAGAUCACUAACCGAAAAAAUUGAUUUUAUUGCUGACACGGCUGACCUUGUAAAGGAUUACAGUGGUCGCGCUCAAACUUUAAAGAAAGACGAUAUACCCUAUAAGGAAUACCCUAUGUCUUCCGUUGCGUUGAACGUUUUAAAGCCUUAUCCAGUAUUUGGUGUUGAUCUUACAAAGUUGAUGCAACGGGAUGGACAAGAAGUUCCAAUGGUAGUAGUAAAAUGUGCAGAGGCUAUUGAGGCGUCAGGGUUAAAGACGGUCGGGUUGUAUCGUAUUUCAGGAACGAGCACCCAAAUCCAAAGAUUGAAGGGUAUAUUUGAUAGAAGUUGCGCAUCUGUAGAUCUAUCCACAGAAGAAAAUGGAUCCGAUGUGAACAAUAUUACAAGUCUGUUAAAACUUUGGUUCCGCGAACUACCUGAUCCAUUGUUUCCCCAAUCAUCUUACCAACAUUUCAUGAAUGCAGCCAAAAUUGAAAAUGAUCGUAUGAGAGUAUUAGGAUUACAUACAAUUAUCAACGAUCUACCAGAUGCACAUUAUGCAACUUUAAAAUAUAUCAUGCGACAUCUUGACAAGGUUCAGCAAAAUCAAGAUUUUAAUAAAAUGACAAGUGUUAACUUGUCCACGAUAUUUGGCAUAACUCUGUUGGGUGGAGAUAACAAAGUAUCAAUCUCUUCUGCUGAGGACAAUCAAAGACUUACUGAUACCCAUUGGCACGCAAGAGUAAUUCAAACUAUUUUGGAAAACUACCGUUUAAUUUUUGAACCUGAUGAAGAGUAA